AAAUAUGUUCCUUGAUUCAUAGUCUGUGUCCUAGCGAACGAGCGAGUCGUCAUCAAAUACAGUGAAACGAAAAUAAAAAGAAAUAAAUAUGAAACAGAUACUUGGAGACAUUUAAUUUCUACAUAGUUUGCAUAAAAGUGUGAUUGUUUACGUUUAAUGUUUACAAAGUUAAUGUUUCAUCAUAGGUGUGGACAAAAUCGAUGAGAACCUGUGUUGAGUUUUUUUAGACAAUAUGUGCUGUGUUGCUGUUGAUUACCAUUGACAUAUUCUGACGUGAAACAAAAGGAAAACGAUCUAAAAACUCCUCAACCCAAGGAUGAGUUUGCCAGAAACAAUCAAUUUGACAGCACAACCAAUGUCGGUAUCAGGGGAAUCUCACCAGCUGUUCCUGGCAACAAAGCCUGCCCAGGUCAUUGCGGGCAUAUUUGUGUGGACAGCGUUAUUUAUAACAUGCCAACAGAUUUACCAACACCUACGCUGGUACACCAACCCAUCGGAGCAGCGAUGGAUAGUGCGCAUUCUAUUCAUUGUGCCCAUAUACGGAUGCUACAGUUGGAUCUCGCUGCUUUUCUUCAAUAGCGAUUCUUAUUACGUUUAUUUCUUUACCGUGAGGGAUUGUUAUGAAGCGUUCGUGAUCUACAGUUUCCUGUCCCUGUGUUACGAGUACUUGGGCGGCGAGGGCAACAUAAUGUCUGAACUGCGCGGGCGGCCGGUGCGCGCGUCCUGCGUCAACGGCACUUGCUGUCUCUCGGGCGCCACCUACACCAUCGGCUUCCUGAGGUUCUGCAAGCAGGCCACGCUGCAGUUCUGUCUCAUCAAGCCCGUGUGCGCGUUCAUCAUUAUAUUCCUGCAGGCGGCGGGGCACUACCACGACGGUGACUGGAGCCCCAACGGCGGCUACCUGUACAUCACCAUAGUGUACAACUUCUCCGUCAGCUUGGCGCUCUACGGCCUGUUCCUGUUCCUUGGCGCCACGCGCGAGAUGCUCAAGCCCUUUGACCCCGUGCUCAAGUUCUUCACCGUUAAGUCGGUCAUCUUCUUGUCCUUCUGGCAGGGCGUAGGGCUGGCCAUCCUGGAGAAGGCGGAAGUGAUAUCGCCGAUCAUUGACGCGGACGGUACCCCCACCACCGCCGGUACAGUGUCCGCGGGCUACCAGAACUUCCUCAUCUGCAUCGAGAUGCUGGCGGCGGCGGUGGCGCUGCGGUACGCGUUCCCCGCGUCCGUGUACGCGCACGCGCACCGCGACCCGCACCGCUCCGUCACCAUGCAGUCCAUCUCCAGCAGCCUCAAGGAGACAAUGAACCCGAAGGACAUAAUGACGGACGCCUUCCAUAACUUCCACCCGCAGUACCAACAGUAUACGCAAUACAGCUCAGUGAUGCGCGGUGCGGGAAUCGGCAACCGUGGAUCCGAAGAAGGCGCAGCCCUAGCGCCGAGACCACCGCCACAACGCGUUGCAACCAUCAGCCAUGCUACAAACUACCACGAAAAGACAACACUACUCAGUUCUGACGACGAAUUUCAAUGAACGGUUUGAAAAUGGAACCCGAUUCGAAGUACAAGCCGUGAACAGGCGCCAUUUUAUAUCGUUUCGAAUGUAAUGUACUCGUAGGACCCUUUGUUGUUGAGACGGUACUAUAGAAGUUUAUUCAUUUUAUUUUAUAAAAAUUUAAAACUUUUAGAAGGGUCCAUGUUAUAUUUAUUUAUUUUUUACGUGGUUACAUAUUUUUAAAGUCUUAAACCUUUACUCUAAUAUAAUUUUAGUUAGAUAAUUAUUUUUACUUAUUCCUUGGUGAAACGAUCUUUCGAAAUGCAAAUGGCAUCGGUCGGAAACCACACAGCCUUUAUAGUUUUUUUAAUAUUAUUAAGGAUUUUGGUUCUUAUUGAUGUUCUAACCAAUGAUAAUGAUAAUAAAUUGACUUUGACGACGACUUUGGCGCGUUAAGGACGUGAAUAUGAUGUAUAUUUAGCCGUUAAGGAAAAUAAUUUAGUAUCUAAUUUUAUCACCACUCAACAGUGUACAGAAAAUUAUAUACCUAACUAUGUAUGUAUAAAUUACUUACCGAAACUAUUCAACUGGUCAUGGAAAAUAGUUAUUAAAAUAUAGUUUGAUAGUGUAUUUACAAUUACUAAAGUAUAUUGAAUGUAUUUUAAUGUAAAGUAGCGGCUGUACGUUAACAAAAUAAUAUAUUUACUUAUGUGAUAAUAUGACAAAAAAAAAUAUUAUUGUCGUUUUUUCUUAAUCAGUGUUAAUUGUCUGUAUUCUUGUACUAUAUCAAUUUUUAAUGCGUAAGUUAUAUUUUUCUUAAAGAGCCAGUGCUUCGUAACUCAAUUUAUUUCACCACAGAGUUGGUGAUAAUUUAAAGUUAAUUAAUUUGGUUAUCAAAUCGUGAUCAUCGUCAUAGACAAUAACAGAUUAACACCUACAUUAAUAGGCCAGUUGACUCCUUUUCAAAGGUCAUAGAUUGUUCAUUAUCCUUGUAUUAGAUUGUAAAAAAUAUAUUGUGUUUUUGGUUUUGAGAAUAUACUGUCCGCCUUAUUGGUCUAUCUAAAGGUUAUCUAUGCCAUUAUGUGAAGCAAAUUUUGUAUACCUACUAGUUUUUACAUUCUAUUUUUUUUAUUAAAAACUAUGAUUUAUAAUAUUUACACCCAAAGUAUAUUAAUUUAGAUCUAGAGUGUAACUAAUAGAGCUGAUAAGUCUCAGUUUACACUUUAAAAUUUUUUUUGUUGUUUCGAUAAUAAUUGGUCGAUCACUUCUCUUCACUUAGGUAUCCUAUACAAAAAUAAAUUAUUGCAUUUUCCACAUCGUUAGUGAAGCAUAGAGUUUUGUACAUAUUAGUGCUCAGAUAAAAAAAAAUGAUAUUAUAAGUAUAUAGGACCAUUUCUGCACUUAACAUUUUCUAGAUAGCUAAUGUAUAAAAUUUUGUCUCCGAUAUUUGAGGCUUGCUUUAAUGACAAAACUGCAUUGCUUCGCCGUCCAAUAUGAAAUUUUUAUGCACUUCCAUAUUCUUAAAUAGUUUAAAAAUAUUGCAUAAAUAUAUUAUAAUAACUCCUUAUGUGGAACAUGCUGAUUUAUUUUAUAUUUUAUUUGUAGUUGUAUUGGGUUGCUUAUUGUAACGAGUAUAUCACAAGACCAUGAAAUUGUACUUCAUAUAUGUUAUUUUUUAUUACAUAUUCGUUAAAUUAUAUCAGAAAAAAACGUGAGGGUUGUUAUUCCUGUUCAAUAAAAGGUCAUUAACAACCGAUAUUAACGGUCAACUACAGGGUCAGGCAUUCCACGUUAGGAAAGGGGAUAUGGAGCUUAGACCCACUGCCCUAAUACUGGUUGGCAGCAUACAACGAUGGCAAAAAAAAAAUCAGAACAGUGGUCCUGUUAACAUCUUUUUAAGUCUGUGACACAGCUCUUUGAAACAAAACGACACGUUUAAAUAAGGAAGCUAAGAAUAUUAUAGACCUCUUUAAUUCGGCCCUAUCGCAAAAUCCGUUCUUAGCGGACUAUAGACUACCUCCCUGACAAAUUGCUUUAUACAUCGAGCGGUUUUCGAGAUUUCGUGAUGAAUGACGACCUUUCGUAUUUAUAUAUUAAGAUACGACUAGCUGACGCCGCGUGGUUUCACCCGUGUGAUUCUCGUUCCCGUAUAGGAAUAAGGGGAUAAUAUAUUAAAGCCUAUAGCCUUCUUCCAUAAAUGUGAUCUAACACUGAAAUAAUUUUUUAAAUCGGACCAGCAGUUUCUGAGAUUAGCGCGUUCAACCAAACAAACAGACUCUUCAGAUUUAUAAUAUUAGUAUAGAUUAGUGUGUUAGUUUACCUCAGUUUACAAAAGGCACAACCUUUUGUAGAUGGCGUGUCUACCACUUUUUUAUUCGAUGCCUGUGGUUCUUUCUUCUCGGAACAGCAUUUAAUUAUUUAUAUAUCAUGGCCUUCACGUUUAAUUCUACGAUGUGUUUGUUACAGUUUUAACUAAUGCUUAAGUACUUUUUUAUUUUAUUUUAAUAAGUGGUAUUAUCUGUCUUACUACUACGAGUAUCUUCUUAAUGUUAACCUAAGUGUACCUAAUUUUAAAUCCUGUUUUACCAAAAGGAUAUUAAUUAAUAAAUUACUAAAUUAAUGUCUAUUAUAAUAUAAUUAAUGUUUUCUAUCUACCUUUCUUUACACUAAUUAUUUUGUAAUUUAAUAAAUAAAAAAAAAUAAGUGUCUAAUGUACCUAUGUAUAUUCUUAAAUAAGUGUGUUUUAUCGUGAAAUAUAUGUAAAUAACCUAAUUUUAUUGAUGAUAUUGAAUUUUUGUUGCUUUUUUAUGUUUGUAUUGUUUUUUUAUGAUAGAAAAUUUAUGUUGUCUGUAGAAAAGCGUUUUUAGUGCAAUAUUACCUUCGGUAUGUUCUGUGGGAUUUGUCAAUAGAUUUUUGUUAUUUUUUUAUUUUUUUGAUAGUAGUUACUAAUUAUAGUGACGCAUUUUAAUUAUAUUUUGUGGGUACUUCUUUAAAAAAACUGUGAAAUUUACUGAUUACAGGCGACAAUGUUUAAUUUAUUAACAACUACUAUCAGAUAUUAUUAUAAUGACCGGGACCGACGGUGUAACGUGUUCAGCGCGGCACGGGGGUGUAAGACCACCAACUUCGCAACUCUAGGCUGAUAAUUUGAACUAAAAAAUUCUUAGAAGAAAGAAAAACUCAGUAACUCAUAGUCCGACCAGGAUCCGAACCUAGGACGUCGUGAUCCGAAACCUUAUAAGUUAUAGGCUUACCACUGGACCAAUCCAACGAGGUUGUUUUACGACGGUUUUUAGUUUCAUAAACAAACGCGCUAGUAUCUAUGUCAGCGUCGCCAGAAGACGGGAUUUAGGAAUUUAUUGAGUGAAAAAAGCGGGAUUCUUUCGUCGAAA